AAUGCUUUUAAUUUAACUCUUAUCAAUUAAAUCUUUUAUGUUAUGGAAAAAUCUGACUUUUUAGUUAAUCAACUGACAAUAAUUGUGGCAAAUAAGUUUUGCUAACUUGUUCGGGUUUACAGCAGCAUCACAGCUACAGGAACACAUUUCUCACCAAUGUUGUGGAUUCAAAGACGUGGAUUUCAGCUGCUACAACUCUCAAAAUGGCCGUUGAGGAGUUAAUUGCUAUAGCUAACACCCCGAUAGUGACGCCUCUCUGGUCUUCCACAGCUUGCUCUGCUAGAACAGCAAGAUCUCUCCUGUCUUCCGUGGUUAAAGUGAAAAGACUCGUGGUAAAAACGUGCUCAGAAACUGAUCUGAGAGCUGCUGGGCCAAGCGGAACAGCCACCACCUCUGAUUGGCUGUUAAAACUGAUCUGCACGAGGGGUUUGGUGGACUGGGUGAUGCAUUCAAGCAUUCUAGGACAUUUAAAACUUUGUAGAUGGAAAUAAAUUAAAGUUAUUAAUGGAUUUAUUUUAAAUAAAGACAAUAUCCAAUAAAAACUCAGUUCACAAGAAAAGCUUCCUAUCAACCACUCUGAUCAAUCCCCUGCCGCUGGAUUCCUCUAGGCAUUAUGGGUAGUGUAGUCAAAUCAAGUUCAUGACAGCUUUUUUUGCUUUAUGCACGAUAUAAUUUGUUGGACCUCUGGGUCUGAAAAAUACAAUACAAAUGUUGUAAAAUCAAAUUUUUCACAAAUGUUUUAGUAUUUUUCAGAUUGUAUUGAUUCAUAUGUAAGCACCAAAAAGGAAACUAAUGCUAAAGUUCCAUGCCGUGUAACUUAGCAACAGACUGUGACAUCACUGAUAUCACAGAGCCCCACUUUAUAAGUUGCUUAGCAAUACGGUUAAACCACAACACUCUACGAUCUCCAAAGUAAAGCACACAUUUUGAGACUAAGGAAAGACUUUCCGAUUUCCUCAAGUUUUUGUGUAAUAAACGAGGAACGAUCAUGGACAAAGACUCUGCCAUGGACAAUCCAAAACAUACUGUCGAGAGGAAGACCAGCCCUGACAAUAAGAAAAGGAAGAAAAAAGGGACGUUCCCGGUGCCAAGUGAGACUCCUGACUCUGAGACUUCACAACCAUCAACCAGCACCCAAGACAACACCCCAGUGAGAAAACUAAAAAGAAAGAAACAGGAAGACAAAGAGGAAGAAGAAAUAAUAGAGCCAAAGAAGGUGAAAACUCCUCUGAGAGAUGAUGGACAAACCAAAAACGCUGAGAGGAAGUCUUUCCCUACAAAGAAGAAACAGAAGAAAAAACAUCUAAACCAUGAACCCAUUGAGUCUUCUGCAUCUGAGCCUUCACAACCCUCUACCAGCACCCAAGACAACACCCAAGUGACAACACUAAAGAGGAAAAGACAGGAGGAAGAAAUAACAGAGCUGAAGAAGAGGAAAACAACUCUAAAAGGUUCCAGUUCCAGUGACGCCGAACAAACUGCAACAUCCUCACAGAAAACUGAGAUUACCGAUAAAGAUAAAUUUAAAGCCAAAUAUGUGGAAAAACAUCAAUUUGGUGAAGGAGGUUAUGGAUCCAUAUAUGCUGGCUUUCGUAAAUCUGACAACCUACCAGUAGCCGUCAAGCACAUUUUAAAAUCUAUAAUCCCACAUAAAAAACUGGAUGAUGGCAAUGGAAAAAUGGUUCCUUCUGAAGUGGCCAUUAUGUUAAAAUUACGAGAUGAAUCCAUUCAUUCAGAUGGAAAAGCAGCGCCAGUAGCCCUGUUGGACUGGUAUGACAUCGGCAGAGAAAUCCUCCUGGUCAUGGAGAGACCAAUCCCUUGUGAGGACCUCUUUCAUUACAUUGAUACCAAAGGAGGCACACUGGAAGAAGAAGAAGCCAAGAUCAUAAUGACACAGCUCAUUCACACAGCCAUAGACCUUGAGGACAGAAGUAUCUUCCACCAAGACAUCAAAACUGAAAACAUCCUCAUUCAAAGCCACUCAAAUACACCACAAGCUCGUCUUAUAGACUUUGGAGUGAGCUGCCUGGCAGAAAAGGAUUCCAUCCUUAGAGAAUUUUCAGGAACUCCUAUAAAUGCCCCCCCAGAAGCCUUUAAAGGUUUUUGUAGCCCAGGAUCAACCACAGUGUGGCAGCUUGGGGUGGUUCUGUAUGAAACCCUCCAUUACCGCGGCGAUUUUUCAACAAUGGAUUUUCUCGAAGGGGAUCUGAUGAUUGACAGUGAACUGUCAGAAGAGUGCCAAGACUUUUUCAAAGCAUGUUUGAAUACUUCUGAAGAACAGCGCCCCUACCUGCAAGAUCUCCUCCACCAUCCAUGGCUCAGAUAAAAGAAAAAGAAAACACUCAGACACACACACACAUA